CCUCGCCUGCUCGCCGCGCGAUGGCCUCGGUCCCGGCUGAGCGCGCCGCCGGCGGCCCGCGGCUCCCUACGACCCGCGCCGGGCGACCGGCUGCGCUCCGCCUCCUCCUUCUCCUGGGCGCUGUCCUGAAGCCCCAGGAGUCCCUGGCUCAGGUUCCUCCCACUGAAAGCAGUUUGAAGACAAAAGGGGACAAGAUGGAGAACUAUGAGAGGACUAUCCAACUUUGCUGGCAAUCUUAUAAGGAGCAGAUGGACUCUAUCCCCAAGCAUUGGUGUGACUGGGCCAUGAUUAGCAGGCCUUAUAGCGACCUUCAGUAUUGCUUGGAGCAUUUUGCAGAAGUAUUUCACCUGGGCUUCCCCAAUCCCCGAGCAGAAGAGAUCAUCUUUGAGACUCACCAGAUCCACUUUGCCAACUGCUCCCUGGUGCAGCCCACCUUAUCAGACCCCCCAGAGGAUGUGCUCCUGGCCAUGAUCAUAGCCCCAAUCUGCCUCAUCCCUUUCCUCGUCACCCUUGUGGUGUGGAGGAGUAAAGACAGUGAAGCCCAGGCCUAGGGUGGUAUGAGCUUUUCUUCACAGCCAUCUUAUCCUACUCCUUUUCCCUGCCACCACCAGGUCUCUGUUCCCCUCCCUGCCCUGCCUCUUUCUCUCAUUCCCACGCCCACCACAGAUCCUUGGACUGGUGGAAAUGGAAACCCAGUGGUGUCACGGCAUAAGUUCUGUAAUCUUCAAAAUAAAACUUUUUUUUGUACUGUCCCCUCCCCA